AUGGCACGGCCAACAACGACUGUCGGCACGCGAUGGCUUUAUCCACUGCUAAUGGUGUUUUUGCUCACGAUCGAUACCGCCGUGCACGGUCAGCAAUCGAUCAUCCUCGAAAGUCUGUUCGAUGAGCUGAGCUUGCUGAUGCGCACGGGCCCGAACGCAUCCGUCCCGAUACGGGAGGCGAAGCAAAUUCGAAAGGAGUACGAUUUUGUGGUGAUUGGCGCAGGUUCGGGCGGAUCCGUCAUGGCCAACCGUUUGAGUGAAGUCCCCGAGUGGAGUGUACUGCUGCUGGAGGUCGGCAAAGAGGAGAACAUCGUGUCGAACGUCCCAUUGACGGCGGGUUUGACCACCGCUACAGGUUACAGCUGGGGAUACCGAUCGGAUCCGAUGCGUAAUGCAUGCAAGGGUCUUGAACAGGGUGUCUGCUACUGGCCGAAAGGGCGUGGGUUAGGUGGAACGAGUUUGAUCAACUUCUUGCUGUACGGACGCGGACAUCGGCGUGACUACGACGAGUGGGAACAAGCGGGGAACUACGGAUGGGGAUAUCGGAACGUUCGGAAGUACUUCGAGAAGGCGGAGAAAAUCAAAGGAAAGUAUGACAACCCGCAUGGUUAUCUGCACAUAGAGGAGAGUUCGUUCGAAACACCGAUGUUGAGACGGUACAUCGAGGCUGGGAAAAGAUUUGGCUACCGAAACAUUAAUCCCAACGAUCCGGUUCAGCUUGGCUUCUACAAGGCACAGGCCACGAUGGUGAAUGGUGAGCGUUGUAGUGCGGCACGUGCAUACUUGAAGCCGGUCUCCCAUCGACCAAACCUGGACAUCUCGACACACUCGUGGGCUACGCGGAUUUUGAUCGAUCCGGACACAAAGGCCGCCUAUGGAGUAGAAUUUACCAAAAACAAGCGUGUCUACACUGUGCGCGUACGGAAGGAGGUAAUACUAGCGGCUGGUGCGAUUGCCUCACCUCAGCUACUGAUGCUGUCCGGUGUGGGUCCUCGGGAACAUCUGCAACAGCUAGACAUCCCAGUAAUUAAGGACCUACGUGUGGGUUACAACCUGCAAGAUCAUCAAACACUCUCGGGAUUGGUAUUCACCAUUAAUCAACCCGUAAGCAUCCGAGAGCAAGAUAUGCGUCGUCCGGUGAACUUCCUCAACUAUCUUCUGGCUCGCCGGGGUCCAUUCACCGUUCCCGGUGGUGCGGAAGGAAUUGCAUUCGUGAAGACUAACAACUCUCGAUCGCCGGAUGAUUAUCCUGAUGUGGAACUAGUACUCGGUACGGGUGCAGUCAACAACGAUGAGUCCGGAGCGCUUCGCUACACAUUCGGCAUGACGCGCGAAUUCUACGAACGAUCGUUUGGUCCAGCCCGUGGACAGCACGCGUUUGGCAUUGCACCCGUACUAAUGCGUCCAAAGAGUCGUGGUCGAGUGUGGUUAAAGAGCCGCAAUCCUUACCGAUGGCCACACAUGGAAGGGAACUUUUUCGACCAUCCCGACGAUCUGGCCACUAUGGUGGAGGGCAUCAAGAUGGCGGUACGUAUCGGUGAGUCGGAAAGUUUUGCCUCGUACGGUGCUCAACUACUCACCACACCGUUCUAUGGCUGUGGGGGUCAUCGUUUCCGGUCGGACGAUUAUUGGCGCUGUUGUUUGCGGGAGGUUGGCGCUAGCAUUCAGCAUCAGUCGGGUACGUGCAAGAUGGGUCCGGCUAGUGAUCCGGAUGCGGUAGUCGAUCCCGAGCUGCGUGUACACGGUGUGAGUGGGUUGCGUGUAGUGGAUGCUUCAAUCUUCCCGGUCAUACCGUCGGCUCACACGAAUGGUGUUGUUAUAAUGGUCGGUGAAAAGGCAGCCGAUAUGGUGAAGGACUAUUGGCACAAUCAAAUUCAGUAAUGCAAUAC